AUGAAGGACAUUCUAGAGCAUGAUUAUAUUGCAGAGACACGCGAGACACAUCCCACUGAGACCCUUAGUGAGUUAGUCCGCAUGUAUUACCAGUGGUCACAACGAGGUGGACAACGAAUUUCCCUGUUCAAUCCAGGUGGUGCAGUAGCCGCCGAAAUGCCAGAUCCCACGAGCACUUUAGAAACUGAGGAUUGGAACUUCAGCACCACCGCUGGCUUCGAGAAGCGCCAUUCGAUACUUGACUUGGAUUUACUUUCUGCCUCCCUAGCCGCGUUAAACGAAGAUUUCACAUCGGCUCCUAAUGUAUUAGGCCAAGAACCCAACAUGACUCCAGAUGAAAAAGCGAAUUUUGAUGAACGUGUGAAACGCGGCGCCGCAGCGAUGGAGGGACUGUUCGACGAGGCAAAACCAGAUUAUAAAUAUGAAACGAAAAAUGACUUUGUGCCUGUGCAAGAAAAGCAGCGACGCGCCUCGGAUUUGCCUCUUCGUACUGAUACCGACAGAUCAUCAGUUACAUCAACGUUUAUUGAUAUUAAUCUUGGAGAUUAUGAAUCCGCUCAUUAUGCUGCUGGUUCCGCUUCCAACAACCCUCCAUUUCAACUAGCCGACCCUGAUACCAUUCGAGCAAAUCGCUCUAGUGCCCGCCUCUUCCGUAACUCGUCGAGUUCUAGCAGUACCUCUCAAGAGUUUCAGCCUCGUGGACCCCGUCCGCCGACAAUGGAAUGGACUUUUGAGUCGGCAACCCAAAUGACCGAUGAGCCUGAUACCAUUAUUCAACGAGAUGUCAAUGAGCAAUCUUCAUCUGAGGAUGAAACAUUUAAAACUGACAAGCGUGAAACGAUGACCUGGACCUUUCCUGUCAUGACUCCAGACGAAGGUGCACCCGGAGAUGACCCACUGAUCGAAGAUGGCCCUGGUGAAAGUGAGACUGAAGAGCAAAAUGGUUCUGAACCCGUUUACCCUUGGAGCUCAGAGUCGGAGGGUACCAUUAGGGGCGCAAAUCGAUCCUUCCCUGUCCUUCAACCACCACCCUUAGGAAGGAGAGGCUCAGCCCGAACUGAAUCUUUUGAAUCACGCCCUGGAACCGCUGUAUCUGCGCAGUCCGACACAGAUAGGAACCCUUUCAGAUUUGACGGCACAUCCAGCCCUUCCAGCCCUAGCACGCCUCGCGAAGAGCGCCAAGGUUCCACUGACCAGUUUCCUACCAUGCCGGCUUCCAGUUUCUUUGAGGAUUAUGAGACCUCGACUCUUGUGAGCUCAUUUAAUGAUUACCCCGGCAGCAAUUGGAGCCACGAUGCUACCUUGAGAAACGGCAGCUCCACGGACCAAAGGCGCCAAUCGGUGGUGCCAUCCCUCUACUCUACGGAUGCCAGACCUGGUGAUCCAGUUCCCGAAGCAGAUAAGCCAACGUCUCUCUAUUUCCCAGAGCCCAUGCCUCCUAGCUCUGAAUGCCUUGCUGAAGGAGCUAGCGAGGACAUGGUUUCUGCGGAAUUAGACCGCCUGCUCGGGGACUUCAUCCAAGGUCUGGCAUCCACGAGAGAGGCCCUUGCUGCCGCUGACAGCUUAAGGGCCGCCAAUGAGGGAUGA